UCCACCGCUGCGGACUGUGACGUCACGAACAUCCGCGUGGUUCAUUGAAAGCGGAGGAGGCAACCUGUUUGUCAAAGUCCAACUGUGACACACACACACACACACACACACACACACACACACACACACAGACACACUCUUCGUGCGGCUCGACAUGGAGGAGCAGGAGAAGAAGAUCCUGUGUGUAGGUCUAGUGUGUCUCGACAUCAUCAACGUGGUCGACAAAUACCCGGAAGAAGACACCGACAGCAGGUGUUUGUCGCAGCGUUGGCAGCGAGGAGGAAACGCUUCAAACUCGUGCACGGUGCUGUCGCUGCUCGGAGCGCCGAGCGCCUUCAUGGGCGCGCUGUGCGGCGGGCCUGUGGCCGAUUUUAUUUUGGAGGAUUUUCAGAAGUUCCAUAUCGAUGUGUCUCUGAUGUCUGAGCAUGCUCAGUGUGUCCCUCCAACCUCUGUGGUCAUCGCCAACAUCACCACAGGAAGCCGCACCAUCCUGCACAUGAACAGGAACCUUCCUGAAGUCACAGCAGAGGAUUUCUCCAAAGUCGAUCUCUGUCAGUUCAAGUGGAUCCACUUUGAGGGCCGCAACGCCGAGGACCAGGUGAAGAUGAUCCAGCAGGUGGGGUUGCACAACAGCUCGCUGCCUCAGAAGCAGAGGAUCACCGUCUCCGUGGAGGUGGAGAAGAUCAGAGAGCCGCUGUACCAGCUGUUUCCUCACGGUGACGUGGUGUUCGUCAGCAAAGACGUGGCUCGUCACUUCGGCUUCCUGUCGGCCGAAGCCGCCCUGAGGGGGCUCUACGGUCGGGUCAGACAGGGGGCUGUCCUGAUAUGUGCCUGGGGAGAAAAAGGAGCAGAUGCUUUGGGUCCAGACGGUUCGGUCGUUCAUUCCGAUGCGUUUCCUCCUGAAACUCUGGUCGAUACUCUCGGAGCCGGAGACACGUUCAACUCUGGCGUCAUCUUAACAUUGUCCAACGGCGGAGGUCUGCAGGACGCGCUGACCUUCGGCUGCAGAGUCGCCGGCAGGAAGUGCGGUUUCCACGGUUACGACGGCAUCGCCGAAAACUCUGCCAACUGACCGGAGAGUUUAAAAAUUACAAUAAAUCAUAUCGAAUUAUCAGUUUGAAAAUCAAAGCGUGUUUUCAACUUAUAAUUCAUUAUGUGUUGACUAAUUAAAGUGGCCAUGGAAGGGUCUUUCGCUCAAACUCAUGACUGAAGUGAAUGUCGAUUGCACAACGUAACGGCUAUCGAUCGAUGACGCCGUCGUUCUCUAUAAGUAUCGUUUUCACUGCGUCCGUCUGACACGAGUCGCGAUGCUGAGAAAAUGAAAACUGUAUUUGCGGCACAAAGAAAGAGGAACUGCAGCGCAUUACAGCCUUUCAAAAUAAAAGCCUUGGACAUGUGCGAUUGCAUUACUGAGAGCAGAUUAAUAAAUCUUAUGAAUAGAAGAAUACAGAAACAAAUUAUAAAGUUAAUAUUUGAUAAUUGAUCUACAGCUGAUAUGAAAUAGUCGAGCGUUAACAAACUGUUAACCGUGUGAUGCAGUGGCUUUAAAUGAAGUAAAUUCUUUUUUUAAGUGAUUUCAUUGCUGUAUGUUUACCUGAUAAAUAAAAUCUUUCACACAAAAUAAA